AUGGACCCCAGCAACCCGCCAGACACAGACGCCAGCACAGCGCAGGACACAGGCGGCACAGUGCAGCCCAAGUCCAUCCGCAAGCUGACCGAGGACGUCGUCAAUCGCAUCGCAGCUGCAGAGAUUAUUCACCGCCCAGCCAACGCUGUCAAGGAGCUCCUCGAGAACGCACUCGAUGCAGGCGCGACCUCGAUCCGCGUCAAUGUCAAGGAAGGUGGACUCAAGCUGCUCCAGAUAACGGACAAUGGACACGGUAUCAACCGCGCCGACCUGCCCCUCCUCUGCGAACGCUAUGCGACCUCCAAGCUCCAGAAGUUUGAAGACCUCCAGUCCCUGGCCACGUAUGGAUUCCGUGGCGAAGCGCUCGCGAGUAUCAGCUACUGCUCGCACCUCGAGGUCAUCACCAAGACGCACGCAGACUCGUGUGGAUGGAAGGCACAGUAUGACAGCGGUGCGCUCAAGGACGACCCACGGCCAACAGCCGCCAACGACGGUACUGUCAUCUCGGCCGAGGACCUUUUCUACAACAUGCCGCUGCGCAAACGCGCGUUCCGCUCUGCCUCGGACGAGUACACACGUAUCCUCGAUGUGGUAACCAAGUACGCCGUGCAUAACCCACAAGCCUCGUGGGUCUGCAAGAAGGCCGGUAGCGCUCUCCCAGAUGUGUCCACAAGUGUCGACUCGACAGCCCGUGCCAACAUUGCGCUCCUGUACACCCCCUCGCUCGCUGCCGAGCUGCUAGAGGUGCCCCUCACCCACUUUGCACCCAAGUUGGGCGCGAGCUGCCACGGGUGGGUAAGCAAUGCCAACAGCAACUGGGCACGCAAUGGCGGCUGGAUCUUGUUCAUCAACAACCGCCUUGUCGAGAGUACCAAGAUUAAAAAGGCCAUUCACGGACUAUACACUGCCUUCCUGGCCAAGGGCGCCUCGCCGUUCGUCUACCUCAGUCUCCAUAUCGACCCGGCAAAGGUCGACGUCAACGUCCACCCGACCAAGAGCGAGGUGCACUUUCUGCACGAGGACGAGAUUGUCGAUGCUGUCGUCGCUGCAGUGGACAAGGCUCUGGCUGGCGCCAACGCGUCUCGCUCGUUCACCGUGCAGACAAUGCUGCCUGGUGCCGAGGCGUUUGCGAGUCAGCGUGACCGUGGCGACGGUCCGUCGACGCAGAGGCCCAAGUCGACGGCACCAAACUACAAGGUCCGCAUGGACCCCACCAACCGUACCCUCGACUCGAUGGUGGCUGUUCUCAACCCGUCCCAGAUCUCGCCGUACGACGAGCGGGCGUCCAAGCGACGAGGCGUCAGUGGAGGCGACGAGGUGCAGCUGGUGGGCGACGAUGACGACGACGAGGACGACACACCCAUGUGGAACGCGACGGCCGAGGACAAGACCAAGGAGACCCCGGAGAGCGCCUGUGAUUUUGAAAGCAUACAGGACCUGCGGCGUGCAGUACGCAAGCGUGCCAGUCUAGACCUGAUGGAGACACUGUCACGCCACGCGUUUGUCGGCGUCGUUGACCGCCGCAUGUGCCUCUCGCUCGUCCAACACUCGACCAAGCUGCUUCUCGUGAACCAUGCUGCCCUGGGUGACGAGCACUUUUACCAGCUCGGCCUGCGACAGUUUGGCGCCCUUGGUCGUCUGCGACUUGAACCUGCUCCAAAGCUUGCCGAUCUCUUGCGGCUCGCUGCUGAGGACGAGCCGGGCAUCGAGGACAAUGGCCUGGAUAUUGACGCUGUUGUGAAGCGUGAGAUGGUAGACGAGUACUUUUCGCUCGCCAUCUCAUCCUCUGGUGCUGUCGAGAGCAUCCCUCUUCUCCUCAAGGGCUACACGCCCAACCUCGACCGUCUGCCACAUUUCCUCUUGUGCCUCGCCACACGCGUCAACUGGACCAACGAAAAGGAGUGCUUUGAGACGUUCCUCCGUGAACUGGCCUUUUUCUACUCGCCUCGCCCCUUUGACGACCGAGGAGACGACGACGAGACGGCCGAGGAGGUGGCCCACCAGCAGUGGCAGCUCGAGCACGUCCUGUUCCCCUCAUUUAGGCGGACACAGUGGCCACGUUCACUGUCAGACCACGACGUCAGCCAAGUGGCCAACCUCCCUGACCUGUUUCGCGUAUUCGAGCGUUGCUAG